AUGGGGUGCGCGAACUCGUCGACGCUUCAGGACACGGCGCAGUUUGACAACAUUGCAGCGGUCGAGGCGCCGACGUCCUCGGACGGCAAGGUGAGCCUCGCGAUGCGCGAGAAGCGCGAUGCGCAGCGCCGCGGCGACAUCUUUGCCGAGAGCAUCCAGUUUGACGACGAGUACCAACCAAAUACGGUGCCAAAACCCGAGGAAACUGCGUCGCUGAUCAAGGACGCCUUGUCUCGGAACGCGCUCAUGUCGAUCAUCAGCGCCAUGGACAUGGACGUCAUGGCCGGCUUCAUGGUGCGCAUGCACUUCCAGAAGGACGACACGGUCAUUCGCGAAGGCGAUUCGGGCGACUUCUUCUACGUCGUCGAGAGCGGUGUGUUUGACAUUUCCGUUGGAGGCGAAGUCGUCAUGACGGUCCGGUCCGGCGGCAGCUUCGGCGAGCUCGCCUUGCUCUACAACUGCCCGCGCUCGGCGACCAUCACGACCGUGGAAGCCGGUGAUCUCUGGGCGCUCGACCGCGUGACGUUUCGCUGGAUCGUCGCGCGCAACGCCGAGGACCAGCUCGACGAGUGUAAAAAAUUCUUGCGCCACGUUCCGCUGCUCCAGUCACUGACGCCGUCCAAGCGCGCGAUGCUUUUUGCCGCACUCACAACCGAGACCUUUGCGGACGGCACGUCCGUCAUUACCGAAGGCGAGCCCGGCACCAAGUUCUACAUCAUCAAGAACGGCCACGCGAUCGUGUCCAAGGCCAACGGCAACAACACGGCCGUCGAGAUCGCAAAGCUCUCGGUCGGCGACUACUUUGGCGAAAUGGCGCUGCUCAACGACGAGCCGCGCAAGGCCAACGUGACUGCGGGCGGCCUACUAGAGUGUUUUGUGCUCGAGCGCGCCAAGUUUGUCGAGCUCCUUGGGCCACUGCAAGACAUCUUGAACAAAGAGGCGGACGACCGCAAGGCCGAGCUCACGGCGCGCGACCGGGUCGAGUUUGCCGACCUCGAGAUCCUUCGCACGCUUGGCACGGGCACGUUUGGCCGCGUCAAGCUCGUGCGCCACAAGGGCACGGGCAUGGCGUACGCUAUGAAGGUGCUCCAGAAAAGCCAAGUCGUUGCGUACAAGCAGCAGCUCAAUAUUCUCAACGAAAAGAACCUCCUCGCCACCUGCAACCACCCGUUCAUUCUCAAGCUCUACCAAACGUUCAAGGACGAGCAAUGCCUCUACUUGCUCCUAGAGUUUGUGCAAGGCGGCGAGCUCUUUGCCUACUUGCACUGCAAUGAGCGACCGACGGGACGCAUUCCAAAUGACCAUGCUCGCUUUUACGCGUCGCACGUCGUGCUCGCGUUGGAGUACCUCCACGACCGCAUGAUCAUCUACCGCGACCUCAAACCCGAGAACCUCCUCAUUGACGAAGAAGGCUACAUCAAGGUGGUCGACUUUGGCUUUGCCAAGAUCUGCCAAGACCGUACGUACACGCUGUGCGGUACGCCCGAGUACCUCGCGCCCGAGCUCGUGCUCGGUAAAGGCCACAACAAGGGUGUCGACUACUGGGCGUACGGCGUGCUCAUCUACGAAAUGUGCGUCGGCGCAUCGCCCUUCUGCAACAAUCCGUCGGACCAAGUCCAGAUUUGCCGCAACAUCCUCAAGGAACCGCUGCGGUUUCCAUCGUGGGUCUCGGGCGCGUGCAAAGACCUCGUGUCCAAGCUCCUCGACCGCGAUGUCUCGAAGCGGCUUGGCUGCAACCACGGCGGCACACAUGCGAUUCGGACGCACCCUUGGUUCCACGGACUCGAGUGGGAAAAAAUUAUCAAAAAGAAGGAGCCCGCGCCGUGGCUGCCAACGCUCGCCGACCCGCUCGACGCGUCCAAGUUUGCGGUCGUCGAAGAGUGGGACGAGGUGGCGUCGUACGAGAACGAUGGGUCCAACUGGGACAAAGACUUUUAGGCGUCGCCGUCUUCUGUGGGUGCGUCACCCUACACACACGAACGAUAAUGAAGCUGCAUGUUG